GCCUACUUGUGCCUACUUGUGCCUAGCCAAACCAAGAACACACUAACCUCGAACCUAUUCCCAUGCGCCUAUGACCUUCCCCGCUGCCAGCCGAUUCCCCCUUCCUUCGUGAUACCUCCCUCAACUCAAACCUUUCCUUUCUACAUAUACUCCACGCUCGUUUGUUUACCCCCGGAUGGGAACCCCAGCCAUUGUGUUCUUGUCUCGGUUUGCGAUUGUAUGAUUUGGUUUCUCCCAAGGGUUUAACUCCAUACUUGCACCCUCAAUUGAGUCCUGCAUGAAUGAGAUGGCGCCCAAGACAAAGGACGGUGACGUCUUGUUGGCGUUCUCGGGGAAGUGGGUUACUUGGGCUCACACCUUCACAGCUUAUGCUGCUUUUAUCAGCGCAUUGAUCGUUGGGGUCUCGCUGCAUUAUCAUAAGAUUGUCACGAACGAGCACUAUGGGUACCCACACGAGUGGUUUCCCUCUGUGUCUGCGACGAUCGGGGACCGCUACCCUGAACGCUCGUUCUUCAUGUUCUUCAUUGCCAUCACAUCAGGCCCGAGAUUCGCCCUCGUCGGACUAUGGUACCUACUCACAGCGCGCCCAGGGCAGAAGCUUGCCAAGUACGUGGCGAUCGUCGGCAUCUUUCGAACUAUAACCUGCGGCGGUUGGACGUAUGUCACCUCGACCGAUGACCACGACUGGCACGACAUCUUCAUGAUCUCAUACCUUGUUGCGACCCUCCCGUGGACGCUAGGAUGCUUGGCGCUGAGCCCGCCGAACCCAACAUCUAUCAAAUACAGGAAAAUAUUCGGGGGCGCCUUCUUCGCGACGAUCGUGCCGCUGGUUUACUUUUUCAUUCAGCACAAGGUCCACAAAGUUGCAGGAGCUUACACCACAUACGCCUUCUUCGAGUGGUCUCUUGUUCUGUUGGAUGUGGCUUUUGACGCCGUCACGAUGCUAGAUUUUGAGGCGUUCGAAGUUGUCAUUAAAGAUGUCACAGGGGCGAGCAAGGGACAACCCAGGAAGGAUAGUGGCGUCGAGAUGCAUAAGGAUAAGCCUGUCGUUCAAGUGCUGAACCAGUCUUUCCUUUGGAGCGACGCGAUUGAUGCUGCUGCGGAAGUCUAUCAUGGCUUUGUCUUCUGGUCCAUGUUGACCUCCCUCGGACUCUGUGUCUGGUACUUCCCCCUCUGGAACAUGGGCAUCUCCGGCUACGAAAUUCUCGUAAUGGUAACCGUCACCCCCUUCCUCCUCUCCAACCGCACCGUCCGCCGCCACGUCCUCUCCAACCUCCGCCUCACCCACCUCCUCUCCCUCUCCGGGCUCGUAGCCUACAAGCUCGAACUCCCGGAGCUCCGCCUCUUCGCCGUCGGCCUCGGCGUCGCCCUCUCCUGCCUCGCCUGGUCCGCAACCUGGUCCACCACCGCCUUCCAGCCCGUGCAACUCGAGACUAAAAUCACAGCCUGGACACUCGGUCUCAUCCUCCACAGCGUCGUCAAGUUCGCGUGGCAAACUAGUAAUCCCAUCUGGCCCAUCGUGCAUGACUCGAAUGGGGGGUACAACUUCACCGGCCUCGUUCUCGCUGUCCUCGCCGUCCUGCGCACUACUAGCAAUGGCAAUAAAGGCACUUCCUCCCCAGUGGAGCGCAAGCAGCAGGGCUCCUCCGUCCUAGCCGCCUUCGGGAUCGGAGGUCUCUUCUUCGCCCUCCACUCCCUCCUCUCAGACUCCAGCACAAUGAUCCUCUGGGUCUGGACCGGAUUCCCCGUCCGCGGCCCCCUCGCCGCCCCCCACGGCGCCGUCACCAUCGCAGCCAUGUGCGCCGGCCUAGUGCUAGGCCUCUUCUACCCCCUCCUCGCGCGCAGCUGGACAUUCUACGGACUCGGCUGCAUCGGCGCCGCUCUCCUCACCUUACGCGCCGAUUGGACAGGCUACAGCGGCGCGCUCCUCCUAACAGUCUACCUCCUCGCCUUCUCCGUCCCCAUGAUCGGAGCAGCAGCCAAGCGCAACCCAGCUACGGUGUUCGGCCUGGGCUUUCUGGUAUACAACUUCGUCGUCCUCUUCCACGUCUGGGUCGUCGCCUACGCCUUCGUCCCCGGUGGCCCACUGGUGAGGGAACGCACGGAUUGGGUCAUGAGCACCACAAUGCUCUUUAUCGGCUGCGGCGUCUUCACCAUCUCUUCCUCUGUCAGCGCUGCGAAAUCCCCCUCCUACACACCCCCCGCUCCCCGACAACGCGCACACACCCUCUCCCUCGUCGGCGUCAUCCAGCUCCUGGCGGUAUGCGUCGCGUACAUCCGCUUCCCAACCUUCGACUACACGCCCUACCACGCGCCCUCCAAGCUCAUCACCGCCGGAAUCUGGACCGUCCACUUCUCCCUCGACAACGACAUGUGGUCCUCGGAGUACCGGAUGCGCGACGCGCUGCGGGACCUCGAGCUCGAUGUCGUGGGGCUGCUGGAGUCGGACCUGCAGCGCGUUAUCAUGGGGAAUCGCGACACGACGCAGUUUCUCGCCGAGGAGCUGGGGAUGUAUGUUGAUUAUGGGCCUGGACCGGAUAAGCAUACGUGGGGCGCGGCGCUGUUGAGUAAGUUCCCCAUUGUGGAGAGUGAGCACCACCUCCUCCCUAGUCCGGUGGGGGAGCUGGCGCCGGCGAUUAAGGCGACGCUGGAUGUGUAUGGGACGUUGGUGGAUGUUUUUGUGUUUCAUAGUGGGCAGGAGGAGGAUGAGGAGGAUAGGAGGCUGCAAUCUGAGUAUUUGGCGGAGUUGAUGGGGAAGAGUGACCGGCCCGCGAUUCUGCUGGCGUAUCUGGUGACGAAGCCGUUGGAGGGGAAUUAUAACACGUAUGUCUCGGAGGAGUCGGGGAUGAAGGAUAUCGAUGAGAGUGAUUGGGAUAGGUGGUGUGAGUAUAUCCUGUAUAAGAACCUGAGGAGGGUGGGGUAUGCGCGCGUGUCGAGGGGGACGAUUACGGAUACGGAGAUUCAGGUCGGGAAGUUCCUAGUGGGCCAGACAGAAGGAGGUGGAUGGGAGGGGAGGGGAGGCUGGGCUGGAGGGGAGAUGGUGGGUGGAUCAGAAGUGCAGAGGGGGUGGAGGUUUCCGGAGACGUUUGAGGGGGAGGGGGUGAGGGGGCAUAAGUAUCAUGUUUUCGAGGAACCGAGGUAUUGGGUUUAG